UGUGUGUUUUUUCAAAGGUGAAUGCAAAGAUUUCUUGUCAAGAAUAUUAGAUGGUUGCAAUUUAUUUGCAAUAUGCAACAUAAGAGUUCUCCAUGAUAGAUGUCUAGUAACUAUCUUAGACAACAUCAUACAAAUGCAUGACUUGAUACAAGAAAUGGGUUGGGCAAUUAUUCGUGAAGAACGUCCUAGAGACCCCUGCAAAUGGAGUAGAUUGUGGGAUGUAGAUGAUAUUUAUGAUGCAUUUUCUAAACAAGAGGAGAUGCAAAAUAUUCAAACCAUAUCUCUGGACUUGUCUAGAUCAAGAGAAAUACAGUUCAGUACAAAAGUGUUUGUCAAAAUGAAGAAACUUAGGUUGCUUAAAAUCUAUUGCAAUGAUCAUGAUGGUUUGAUGAGAGAGGAGUAUAAAGUGCUUCUUCCUAAAGACUUUCAAUUUCCUCAUGAUUUGAGAUAUCUUCAUUGGCAAAGAUGCACUUUGACGUCUUUACCUUGGAACUUUUAUGGAAAGCACCUUAUUGAAAUCAACUUGAAGUCUAGUAACAUAAAACAACUUUGGAAAGGGAAUAAGUGUCUUGAAGAAUUAAAGGGCAUUGAUCUAAGUAACUCAAAACAGCUAGUCAAAAUGCCAAAAUUCUAA